AUGGCCUAUCGACUCCUUCACAACGGUGAUAUUGAGGGCUUCCAUGCCUAUAGGACUAUCCUGCCGAAGCCCAUCAAGCGGUCUGCAUCCGAAAUCGAAGACGACGAUUUUGAACAAAUCUACGCGCUCCGGGAAUCUUCCCGCCUAGCAGAGUUCCAGGAGAGAAACUGGACUCCUAAUCCGGUAUCUGAAUUUGCUGGUAUCACCCUCGAUGAUCUCCCCAUCGUUCCGCUUGGAACAUCAAACCCGGUUAUGAUGUACUAUCUAGACUUUCCAGUGAAGAGAAAGUUGGAUUGGAGUAUGGACGAAAAUGGGAACCCAAAGCGCAGACAUCUAGGAGACACUCGAUCGUUGAUCGCGGGGCUUGUUCAGACCCGCGGUGAAUUGGCGGAAACACCUUGUAGCUGGUGUAGCCGUGGAAAGGGAGUCUGGAAGACAUGCGUUAUAGGCUCCGACGUGCAGGAUGGCAAGCCGAUGAGCGAGGCAUGCGCAAACUGUCGCUUCAGCUGUCGUGUUGACUGGACAAGCUACUAUGACAGAGCCGAAAGCCCGGAGACUACUUCAGAAGCCGACUACGGUGCUCAAGCAUACCAAUCGCCCUUUACGACUCCUCCGUCCAGUAACCAGCGUCGCGUGCCACUUUUGGACUCACAGCUUCAGUCACGGCGAGUCGUUGAAUUGCCAGACGACAGCGAUGCCCCAGACACUGGUCCAAAAGCCGAGAAAAACGUCUCACCCAGAGCCCCGUCCCGUCACGAUGGCAAGGUCAUCCCAUUCCCUCUCAAUCCAAAAACGAUUAACGACCUACCGCUGUUGAAACAGGCCGCUCGUGAUCUCGCUGCACACUUGGCGGUGGUUGAGAAGAGGGUCAGACAGCUUGAGGAGGAGAAUAAAAAGAAGAAAGCCGGAAAUCCUUGGGACCUGUUGUAA